CGCCGCGGACGCUGCGCUUCGUCGCCGAGGACCCUGGAGAGGCGAUGGACAUUGGCGUGCUGUACACCUCGCGCUGCCCGCCGCGGGUCAUCGAGCAUACAGUGGCGGUGGUUGCUGUUGCGGCGCCGCCCAUUACGCCGGCGCUCGUGCCGGUGUACACGGAGAGCGGCUGCGUGCGCCUGCAGGCCCCACGCGAGGCGUGGAAGGAUGAGGACGCCCAGUGGCACGUGCCGCCCUGUGCAGAGGCCGCUCAGCCGCCACGACUCAUGGAGCUACAACAGCAACAGGCAGAACAGCAGCGGGAAAAUGAAAUGUCAGGGGAUAACGCCUCCGUUUCGGUGGUGAAGGUGUGUGGUGUUGAGGCCUACAAGUGGUGUGAUGUGGUGUGGACGGCGCGGAACCUUGUUGCUGCUGUGACGCAAACCUUCUCGCUGCGGCGCUGCAUGUCGCCACCGCAGCUGCUGUUCCACGGGGACGGCAUGCAGCGGGAGCCGCUUGCCGCCUCGCUGGAGGCUUACGCGUUGCCAACCGCUGAGUGGCUUGAAGGGGAUGAGGAUGAUACCAGGCACGCUACUACC